ACGGGCCCCCGGACCAUGAAGAAGUUCUCGCGGAUGCCCAAGUCGGAGGGCGGCGGCGGCGGCGGGGCCGGAGGAGGAGGAGGAGGAGGCGGCGGAGGCGGCGGAGGAGGCGUCGCCGUCGGGGGUCCUGGCGGCGGCUGUUUCGGGGUCCGGGUGUUCUCCGUGGGCCGCCAUCAGGUCACGCUGGAGGAGCCGCUCGCCGAAGGUGGAUUUUCCACUGUGUUCCUGGUGCGGACAAAUGGUGGAAUUCGAUGCGCAUUGAAGCGAAUGUAUGUUAAUAACGUGCCAGACCUCAACAUCUGCAAAAGAGAAAUAACCAUUAUGAAAGAGUUAUCCGGACACAAGAACAUCGUGGGUUACUUGGACUGCGCAGUUAAUUCUGUUAGUGAUAACGUCUGGGAAGUACUUAUCUUAAUGGAGUAUUGUCGAGCGGGGCAGGUGGUGAAUCAGAUGAACAAGCGACUACAGACCGGUUUUACCGAGCCAGAAGUGCUGAGGAUAUUCUGUGACACCUGCGAAGCCGUUGCCAGGUUACAUCAGUGUAAAACUCCAAUAGUUCAUCGGGACCUGAAGGUAGAGAAUAUUUUAUUAAAUGAUGGUGGAAACUAUGUCCUCUGCGACUUCGGAAGUGCCACAAAUAAAUUCCUUAAUCCUCAGAAAGAUGGGGUUAAUGUCGUAGAAGAAGAAAUUAAAAAGUAUACGACUCUGUCAUACAGAGCACCUGAAAUGAUCAACCUUUAUGGAGGAAAAUCCAUCACCACCAAGGCUGACAUCUGGGCCCUGGGCUGCUUGUUGUAUAAACUGUGCUUCUUCACUCUUCCUUUCGGAGAGAGUCAGGUUGCUAUUUGUGAUGGAAGCUUUACCAUCCCAGACAAUUCCCGUUACUCCCAUCACGUACACUGUCUAAUAAGAUAUAUGCUUGAACCUGACGAAGAACAGAGACCUGAUAUCUUCCAAGUGUCCUACUUUGCUUUUAAAAUUGCCAAAAAGGAUUGUCCAGUCUCCAACAUCAACAAUUCUUCUGUCCCUUCAGCUCUUCCUGAACCCAUGACCGUAAGUGAGGCAGCUGCUAAAAAAAGCCAAAUAAAAGCCAGAAUCACAGAUACCAUUGGACCAACAGAAACCUCAAUCGCACCAAGACAGAGACCAAAGGCCAAUUCCAGUUCUGCCGCUCCCGGUGUGCUGACAAUCCAGAGCUCGGCAACCCCUGUCAAAGUACCUGUUCCUGGUGAGCUCGGUAACCAGAGACAGAAAGGAGGACUGAGACCUGGAAAUGGUCAGGAGAUCUUACUGACCCAGGGAAGCAAUCAGCAUCCUCCGCAACAACAUAGAGUACUCCAGCAGCUGCAGCAGGGAGACUGGAGAUUGCAGCAGCUUCAUCACGUACAGCCUCCUCCUCCUCCUCCUCAGCAGCAGCAACAGCUUCAGGAUGCCUACAGGCAGCAGCAGUACCAACAAGUCAUGCAGCAGCAGAUGCUUCAGCAGCAGUUUUUAAUGCAGUCUAUGUAUCAGCAGCCACCUCCUGCAUCCCAGUACCCCACCAUGAUGCAGCAAUACCAGCAAGCGUUCUUACAGCAGGGGGUCCUUGCAAAACAACAGCAGCCUCCACAGCAGCAGUCACCCGAGUAUCUCACCUCCCCUCAAGAGUUCUCACCAGCCGUGACCCCCUUCACCUCAUCUCUUCCAGCCCAAGGAGCUGCGGCGGAGUCUUCGUACAGCGCCAACAGGCCAGCCGUUCCUGAGGCCGAGGCAGUUGCGAAUUUCCCAAACCAAAACAUCAGUAACCCGCCUGACAUGUCCGGCUGGAAUCCAUUUGGAGAGGAUAAUUUCUCCAAGCUAACAGAAGAGGAGCUGCUGGACAGAGAAUUUGACCUUCUGAGAUCAAAGAGGUUCGAGGAGCGAUCAUCCUCAGAUAAGAAUAUAGAUCUUCUUUCUACUCCACAGAGCCACCCUCCAGAAGAUCCCUUUGGUUCUGUUCCUUUCAUUUCUCACUCAGGUUCUCCCGAAAAGAAAGUCGAACGGUCACCCAGCAGCCAAGACAAUAGCGUAGGGAGCCCUCCGAAGGGCAACCCAGCCGAUCGGGAGCCCCGCGAUCCCCGGGCCGGGAAGAGAACGGCGGAAAUCCGCCCGGCCCCCGGGCGGGCGCAGAAGGGCAGCGACGAGUCGGAGAGCGACUUCGAGUCGGACCCCCCGUCCCCCAAGAGCAGCGAAGACGAGGAGCAGGACGAGGAGCGCUCCGGGGGGGAAACGGGAGACUUCAACGACGAGGACACCGAACCGGAGAACAUGGGGCACAGACCCCUCCUCAUGGACUCGGAAGAGGAGGAGGAGGAGGAGGAGGAGGACAAACACAGCUCCGAUUCAGACUCCGACCGACUCAAGGGCACGUACGCGGAGCUGGUCCCCGACCACGGUGGUUACGGAGCGAGAUCCGGGGGCGGGGGAGACGGGGACCCCGGCGCCGCCCGCCCCCAGCCCCCGCCGGCCACGGAGGUGGACGUGUUCGGAGCCGUCCCGUUCUCGGCGCUGCGGGUCCAGCGGCCGCGGCAGAGGGAGAAGGGCGAGGGGGAUUUCCCUCUCGAGGCCGCCUUCCCGAGGGUCAGCCCCGAGCCGGAUGAAUUCGACGUGUUCACGAAGGCUCCUUUCAGCAGGAAGGCGGCACCCCAAGACUGCCGGGCGGCGGGGCCCGAGGCCCAGAGCCUGCCCGCCUGCCCGCGCGGCGUGGAUGUGUUCGGGUGCACCCCCUUCCGACCCCUGCCCGCCUCCGCCGGGCAGAGCGAAAGCAAAGAGGACCUCUUCGGGCUCGUGCCGUUCGAGGAGAUCGCCGGCGGCCAGCAGCCGAGGGCCAGGCAGCGCAGCCUGCAGAAGCUGACCUCCCGUCAGAGGCGCCACAAACAGGAAGCGGCCAAGGCCAACGGGAAGAGGCACCACGGCACUCCGACCGGCGCCAGGAAGACCCCCAAACCCUCCUACCGCACGCCGGAGAGGACCCGGAGGCACAAGAAGGUCGGCCGGCGAGAUUCCCAGAGCAGCAACGAGUUCCUGACCAUAUCGGACUCCAAGGAGAACAUGGGCGUGGCGCCGAGCGACGGCAAGGACCGAGGCCGGUCCCUGGCGGCCGAGGAGAGCCCGCUGGACCCCUUCGGCGCCAAGCCCUUCCACCCGCCGGACCUGGCGCGCCACCCCUCCUUCCCGGGCCUGGCCGACCACCGGCCCGAUCCCGGGGCCGCGGGCCCCCCCGGGAGGCCGAGGCCGAGCUCCCUGCACGGGCCGUUCCUCGGCGCCGACGGGUCGAAGACGGACGACUUCGGGGCGGUGCCCUUCACGGAGCUGGUGGUUCAGGGCGUCCCGCCCCUGCAGCCCCAGCCGCCGGCCCCGGCGGGAGAGGUCGAUCCCUUCGGGGCCGCCCCGUUCCCUUCCAAACAGUAGAUGCUUCCGGCGGGCUCCUUUCUUGCGGCCGCUCCGGCUUCGAAGGGGAGAAACUGUCCAUCUGACCGGCGGGCAGGAAAGUGGCGCGGGCCCCUUGCAACUCGGGAAGGACGGGGCGGCCUUCGGUGUGUGCUUUCGGGCGAAACCUGUCAGACUGAAGAGCAAGGGGUUCGGCGGGGGCGGGAAAAGGGGAGGAGAAGGAGGUGGCGGUGACCUGGACCCAGUUUAUUUUCCGCAGGCGAUGUGGUGAUGGAGCGUGGGGUAAUCGCCGAGUGAGCGGGCUUGGGGGGAAGGCCUCUUCCACCCUUGGUGCUGUGAGGCGGGGGAUGGAAAGGGGCAGCCCGUUAGCCCUGAGGGCCGGGACAGGCGAUCCGCCUCGGUGGCCACCUCUGCCCCGUUGGGAAAGCCGGGGCCGGGCACCCCCAGGCCAGCCGCUGGGUCGGCCUCAGGCCCUCGGGUCUGAUUUCCUCACACCGGACAAGAGACUUGCUCCUCUGCGGAGCCCUAGCGUUGGCGGCAGGCGGGUUGCCCGGAAAGAGCGGAGCCAGAGGUGGCAGAACAAUACCCGAACAUUUCGCGAUUAAAGUGCCAUUAACGUCAAAUACUUACACAGAUGCCUAGAAUGGAAACUACGGAGAAGAAGAGGAUUUUGGUCCGUCUGGGAAGAUGUGAUUGUUAGGGAGAUGAAAUUAGCAGGGAGUUGCCAGCGUUUUCAGCACUUUCAAAGAUUAUGGAGUUCACAGCGAGGGGCUGAUUUAGCCAGGACUCGAGUCCGAAGCGGACCGUUGGUGAAACUCGGAGCGAGUGCGAGUAGUUUUUUUUUUUUUUUGGUCUCGUGACCCAUUAGGGUAUGGAGCGGAAAUUAAUGUCAGGAGAGGUUUGACUAACCUCUCCUUCCCCACCGUGAACCCUUCCACCCCCCCCCCCAAAAAAAAACCACCACCCCUCUAUUUAUUCCUUAAAAAUCACGUUGCAUCAAAAACAAUUCAUUUUAUGAAUUCCUGUAGCCAAAUGUUCCCUAGUUCUGAUCGUGAAUGAGUUUCUUUAUUUUUAGAGGACAAAAUAGUUCAUUGCAAAGUGCACUGAGUACGGAGCCCGACCCCCUCUCCCCUACCGGAGGCAGGCCGGGCUAGGGAAGCGGGGAACUGCAGGGCGUUGGCAGAGUGUUCCCGAAAACGUCAUUUCCCACCACAAGGCCUUACCGGCGGGGGUCCCGCCCUGCCACCUCAAGUACCUCUGAGCCCGUCAACGCACAAGACCCCCACGAGGCUCGCGGGCCACCCCGGCUUCCACCCCGAGGGCCGGUGGCCCGACGCUACUUGCCGUCCGGGGAUUUAGCGAACGCAUCCAGGCGGAGGUUCACGGGUCGGGCUCGGAAACCCGAACCCUUACCCAGAUAGCCGUUGCGCGUCUAAGUCGGAAUUCACACGGACGAGCGAACCGGUGUGAGGAUAGGGCGGGUCCGUCCCCCGUUCCCCUCCCCGGCAGACCCCGUAUCUGACCGACCUUUUAGAGUGGAGUGACUCCAAACGGUCCGUUUCCCUGCAGCCUCUCCGGAGCGUGGUGGUUGUGUGGCCCGGGAGUUGUGCCGGCCGUUCGGGAAAGGAGAAACGGCUCGGGAAGCGGACUCUCGCGGAGGGUAGAUCGAUGGAUCCGUCCGUCACCCGGCCUAUCGGCAGCCACGCAGACGGGGUCUGUGCGAAUCCCAGAGCGAGCCGCCUCGAAUCCCGGGCCCCGCGGGGAAAACGCGGUCACGUCUUCCCCAGCCCGAACCCUGGGAAGCAAGCGUGCAUGUGGCGUCACCCCCCUCUUCCCCUCCCCGUUCCUUUGCUCCCUGCUUUGUCCCUCAGAGGGGGGCCGGAGGGUCGUCUCCCAGAGAAAAUGUGGAACUUCCGGAGCCGUGUCCGCACUCCACUGAGCCGAUUCGUGGGUACCGUACCGCUAGGACCGCGCCGGGUCUUAUCGUCUGCGUCGCUUCUGUGCCAAAGGCAAAUAUCAGUCGGCCCUUCGGCUGACUCUCAGGUGAACCUGUGAUUCUUAACUCUGCUGGUCAGAUAGUCCGUCAGAAGCCCCCAGAGCUCUCCGAAGGGGCCGGUGGGUUCCACUUCAAAGCGGGAAGGAAAACGCAGGGCAGAUCCCACGGGCCCGAUUCCCGAACGGCCCGGGAUUGUCGUCAGACGUUGGCUGAGAGGAAAGGGUACCAGCUGGUUCUUGGAAGAGCCGAGUUUUUGCCUUUCAUGUGGCUCCACUACUCCGCUGGAGUUUGCAAACCUGCUAAUUCCCCCAAAGGCGCGAGGGUCCUUAGAGGAGCGGUAGGAAAUCGGGAGAGUACCGACUGAGCCACCGGGGUCCCCCGGACGGGAUUUUUUCGCUCCCCGUCGAGGGCCGAAUGGCUGUUACAGUAACGGCACCUGCCCACAUCAGCCGGGCGAAGUCAAGGGGCCGACCGCUGUCCCUAAAUCAGAAGCCGGCGGGGGCUGACAGCUGGAAGCUGUAGUUAGAUGCUUUCUCUUUCUUCCCCUCUUUCCUCCCCGGGGGUCCCUGAGGUGGCCUCACCAUUUGGGUCCUGAAACACCGCAGGCCCUGGCUGCGGUGACCCUCCCACACCCUUGGAGGAUGGCGGAGUGCGGUGGUGGGCAAACUACAAUAAUAAUAAUAAGACUAAUAACGAUGAUGAUAGUGGUGGUCUUUAAAUGCUCAGAACCCCUAUAGUGGCCCAGGCCCUGCCGCCACCUGCCAGCACGUUGAGAGGUCGGGUUGCUCGUCCCCUCCGGACAUUAACCGCUGUGAUGCUCUGAACAGCCCUAUGGUGGUCAGAGAGCCGUUACCUCAUCCCCCCCCACUUCCCAAACCUCGCCCGAGGGGGUUCCUGUGAACAACAGCUACCCGUUUCUUUAGGCACUGGGAGAUUUAGGCUGCUUUUCCAACGGAACUUUUCAAACGGACGGAAUUCUUCCUUUUCCAAUGGCCUUAAUAAAGUUCGUCUGCUUUCUGUGGUCUUCAUCCUUACGGUAGGCCUUUCGCUUAGGUGACAAGUGCAGAUUCGGUGGUCUUGGUGGAAUCGUUUCCCGGAGGCGAGGGGCUCUAAGGCGUCGAAAAUUGGUGACGCCGUCAGAGUCCCCAGGUUGGCUUCAGGUGACGGGCACGGUGUCAGUUUGGGUCGCUCUGUUGUCCAAUGGAAAAAAAAGACUCCCCUCUACCGGGCCGGAUACGGUGGAGCCGGAGCGGCCUUGGAAAAGCGGGGAUUCGCCCCGGCGUUGGGUUCGCGCUCCGCCUCUCCCUUCUCCAACUUUUAGCCGUGGUCCCGGGAUGGGGAGGAGGAAAUGCAGGUACAGCUCCGUCUCCUGAACUCUCACACUCCACCGGGUUGGGCUUCCUAAGAAUCAAGGUACCGCUCACAACCCCCGGGUAACGUAAGGUACAAUAAGUCCGAGCAUCUUUCGAGAUGGGGCAGGGUGAGCGGGGCUUGUGCGCUGGGUGAGCGAGAAUGUGUGUGUCUGUGUGUGUUUUGGGGGACGGAUGUGUAUGCGUGUGUGCCCGUAUGGGUGAGUGAGCUUUUUCCUCCCCCGGCAUCAACCUCCCAUCGGUGGAACUUUUUCCUCGUGAAUCACAUCGUUAUCGAAAUAACAUAUCUACUGUGAGAAUGCGAUGAUGACAUACCUACUGUGAGAACCUAAAUAAUAUAGUUUAUUGGAGAA